AUGCAACCAGAUUUAACUGUAGAAGUGGGUUCCCUACGACGCUCUUUGUGUGCAAGGCAAAUCCAAAUGCUUGCCUUUGGAGGAACCAUUGGCACAGGAUUAUUUUUAGGAAUUGGUUCAUCUCUUGCUGAAUCGGGCCCUGCGGCUCUCCUUUUGUCGUUUUGCAUCAUCGGCGUAAGCGUCUACUGUACCAUGCUAGCAUUAGGCGAAAUGGCUGUCUAUAUGCCUGUAGCAGGAUCGUUUUGUACCUAUGUUGGCAAAUAUGUAGAUGAAUCUCUCAGCUUUGCCCUUACUUGGAAUUACUGGUUGAACGAUACAAUUGCUUUAGCCAGCCAUGUAUUGGCUUCUAGAUUGCUGGUUGACUUUUGGCUUCCUGAUACAACACCGUCAAUUGCUAAUACCUCUUUUUCUGAGAAUGUCGGAAUUCGUUGUACAAGAGAAAUUGUUCGCACUGCUACACCUAUCAUCUCACUCCUAGUCAACAUUGGAUUGAAUAUGCUUCCAGUGGACGGGUUUGGUGAAAUUGAAUACUGGCUUGCGGCUAUCAAAGUCUUCACAGUCGCACUGUUUUGUGUUAUCGGAGUUAUUACGAAUAUGGGAGUUAACAAAGAAAACGAGUUUAUUGGAUUCCGCUACUGGAAAGACCCUGGUGCUUUUCACAACGGUGUUGGUGGAUUUAUAAGCAGUUUUGUAAACGCGGCAUUUGCUUUUGCAGGUACAGAAUCGAUCGCUAUUGCUGCUGGGGAAGCCCUGAAUCCUGUCAAAAGCUUACCAAAGGCUAUACGGUCUAUGUCAUAUCGUGUUUUGACCUUGUACAUUCUUGGUGUUAUUGUCGUUGGUAUCAACAUUCCGUAUAACACACCCGGUUUGAAUGGAGAUUCCAUCAGAAUGUCACCCUUUACACUCGUUUUCCAAAAGUUUGGGGUACCUGGAGCAGCUAGUUUAAUGAAUGCGGUUGUCUUAUCGUCAGCUCUUUCCGCAGGCAACCAUUCGCUGUUUGCAGGAACUCGCCUUUUGUACUCUUUGGCACAAGCUGGACAUGCACCAAAGAUAUUUUCCAAAUGCAAUCGUCAUGGCAUUCCAUGGCUUGCAGUCCUAGCUACAAGCAUUCUUGCGAUUUUUUCUUUGUUAUCAUCGCACGCCGGGAAGACAUGGUCGUUUUUGCUCAACGUUAUCGCUGUAUCUAACCAAUUAUCUUGGACCUUUAUUGGAUUUACUAGCUUGCGAUUCAGGAAAGCAUUACGUGUGCAAGCAAAAACUCAUCGACUUCUUUUUCCCAAUUGGACUUAUCCCAUAGGACCACAUCUGGUGAUUGUUUUGAACGUAGUUUUCCUUAUCUUACAAGGAUGGAAGAGUUUUUUUCCUUUCCGAUUUUCUCUCUUUCUAAGUUACUAUGUAGAGAUUCCCCUCGUGUUAGGAUUGUAUCUUGUUUGGAAGUUCUACCAUCGCACUAAACUUUUGAGACCCACUGAAAUGGACUUAGAUACCCAUUGGCAUGAUCCUGCUCUACCAGCUGAAGAAUCCGUGCAAGCAUAA